AUGAUGGACAACAAAGAUAGUCGGAUUGUCAUUGUUGGAGCGGGCGUGUUUGGCCUCGCCGCAGCCCGCCAGCUGGCGAUGGAGGGAUACCGGAAUCUCCUCGUGCUGGACCGGUCGAUGCCCCCCGUCGCCGACGGUUCCAGUUCCGAUAUCUCGCGCAUGAUACGCUUCGACUAUGCCGAUGAUGACUAUCUGCGCAUCGCCCACCAGGCCUACCUGGAGUGGUCCCAGCCCAAGUACCAGGGCAUCUUCUAUCCCGCCCCCUUCAUCCUCACCGGCAACACCAGCGCCCAUGGUCAGGCCUGGAUUGCCAGCACCACUGCCGCCCUGACUCGGCGGGACUUGCCCUAUACUAGACUCGAGGAUGUCGCUGCUACGAAGCAGAUGCACCCGGUUCUCAGUGGACCGUUGGCUGCCCCUCCCUUCAAUGGCUAUCUCAACACGCAGGCCGGCUGGGCCGAUGCUAACAAGGCCAUCAGUCAGAUCCGGGACGAUUGCCUGGAGCUGGGCGUGUCGUUUUUGUGCGGUCGCAGCGGGACAGUGGUCGGCUUGGAGACGGAUGCCUCGAAGAAGAUCACAGCCGUGCGGACGCUGGUGGGGAGUCCGAUUGAGGGGGACUGCUUCUUGCUCACGGCGGGGGCCUGGGGAUCCAGCCUGGUCCCCAUGUACAAUUCCACCCUGACCACCGGACAGGUGGUCGCAUAUCUCCGCCUCACCCCCGAGGAAUUGGCCCAAUACAGAGAUCUCCCCAUGUAUGCAAACUUUUCCACCGGCUGGUUCAAUUUUCCCCCGCACGAGGAGACGGGGAUUCUCAAAUUCGCCAUUCAUGGCUGGGGGUACACCCGCGCCCCGGACCAGGAGGAGAUGAUGAUCGUCAACCAGGCGAAUGUCUCUGCUCCCCCCUUGAUCCCUCCUCGCGAGCGUCGCAACUUCGUGCCUGCCGAUGGGGAGGCCCGGCUACGCGAAGGACUGCGCGAGAUCUUGCCCGAGUUGGCUGAUCGGCCGUUUGAAAAGCUGGCCUUGUGUUGGUAUACUGAUACUCCCACCGGGGAUUUCAUCCUGGACUACCAUCCCGACUUUACGAAUCUGUUUGUCGGGGGUGCAGGCAGUGGGCAUGGAUUCAAAUUCCUUCCGGUGCUGGGUGAAUACAUGUCGCUGGCAUUGAAGAAGGCUCUGCCCGAGAAUCUGGCGCAUAAAUGGCGAUUCCGCACCGAUUAUGCCACGCGAGAGGAUGUCUUUUUGGGGGAUGGAAGUCGUGGAGGGCCCAUCCGCCGGGAAUUGAACCCUAAGGAAAGGGCAAAGCUGUAA